AUGAAUCUUGGAGUGAAGAUGGUGCAGAAGAAGGUGGCGGUUCUUUACCAUUACCCUUGCCAUGACGGUGUUUUCGCCGCCUUAGCAGCUCAUCUCUACUUCUCAGCAAACUCAAUCCCUUCUCUUUUCUUCCCCAACAAAGUCUACUCUCCAAUCACAAUCAGCCAGCUUCCUCUUCAGGACAUCAGCCAUCUCUAUCUUCUUGAUUUCGCAGGACCGCCUGGUUUUGUCCAACAAGUCUCUCCCAAAGUAGACACUGUGGUGAUUCUGGACCACCACAAAACAGCCAUUGAGGACCUGGCCGAUGUCUCUUUGACUUGCAAGAACGUAACCACAGUUUUGGAUAUAACAAGAAGCGGAGCCACCAUUGCCUUUGACUAUUUUACUCAGAAGCUGAUGGAAGAGUCUCGAGGAAACUGCAGAGAGAUGAGUGAUUUCAAGAGAAUGAGGCGUGUUUUCGAGUACAUUGAAGACGCGGAUAUCUGGAAGUGGAACUUACCUGAGAGCAAAGAGUUCAACAGUGGAAUCAUAGACUUAGAGAUCGAAUACAGUUUCAAUCAGAACAGUUCACUGUUUGAGCAGCUACUCUCGUUGGAUCAUGACAGUGUGAUCAAGAAAGGAAAAGAAAGUUUGACUAGGAAACGUAAACUGAUUCAAGAGGCUCUGGAACAGUCCUAUGAGAUUGUUCUUGGAGGUGAUGAACAAGAGUUUGGUCGGUGUUUGGCUGUAAAUGCAGACGAUAUUGCAGAGCUUAGAAGUGAGCUAGGGAAUCAAUUGGCAGAGAAUAGCAAGAAUCGGAGACUCAGAGGUAUUGGAGCUGUUGUUUACAGAGUUCCCGAGCUUGAGGAUGAGACCGAACUGAAAAUAAGCUUGAGGAGUGUUGAAGAAGAAGACACAACAGUGGUUUCAAAGAGAUUCGGAGGUGGUGGUCAUAAACCGGCAAGCUCCUUCAUGUUAAGCUCUAUGGAGUUGGAGCAAUGGAAGGUGAACAGAAACUCUGCUUCUAAUUCAUAA